AUGCAAACUACUACUAGUAAAAAGAGUAAUCGUAGUAGUAGUAAUAAUAGUAGUAGUGGUAAUAAUAAUAAUAAUGGUAAUAGUAGUAGUAAUAGUAGUAGUAAUAAUAGUCAUAACAAUACUAGACCUUCCACUUCUGUAUUAAUCAUUUCACAUGAUUCUGAUAUGGUAUUAAUACCAUUAUCAAAUCCAGAAUUGAAUUGUUCCUUCAAUGUACUUGUACCCAAUGGAACACGUUGUUCCUAUGGAACUAUGAUUGAUAUUACUGGAUUGAAAUUAUUAUUAUAUCAUUUAUUUAAAAUGAAUCAAGUGACAAGUACGAUGAAUCCACAGAAUGCUUCAAUGACGAGUUCCUCUUCGAUACCUUCCUCUUCCAUCAUGAAUCAAAUCUCCUCUUCAAUACCUUCCUCUUCCAUCAUGAACAACAAUGAUAACAACAAUCAUCAAAUCUCUAAUCAUCAUGAUAACAACAAUCAUCAAAUCUCCUCUUCAAUACCUUCCUCUUCUAUAAAUCCACAACCAUCCAUUCUACCCAAUAGUAAUGAAAUUAUUCAACAAUUAUGUUUGGAUUUUGUUUGUAUUUCAUUACUUGCAGGUGGAUGUGAUUAUUUCAAUCCAUUUGCCAAAACCUUGGAACAUCGAUGGAGAAGAUAUUUUAAAUUAAUUCAAACUGAAAAAACAAAUUAUUCAAUAUUUACAUUGAAACAUGAUGAAAAGACCAAUGAAUAUAUUUUAAAUAUUAAUACCAAUAAUUUACUAUUUGUAUUUGGUAAUUAUGUAAGAGAUAAGAGAAGUACCAUAGCACCUAAUCCAGACAAUGCUAUUCAAUUCUUUAAACAAUUGACAGCAUGUGUACUUCAAUUCAAAGGACAAUUACCAAUUAUGGAAUAUUUUAGUCGUAAAUUAUCAAUGGUUGAUUUGUUAGCCUUAAUUGAAAGAGAAAAAAAAGCAAAUAACUAUGGAACUAGUACUCAAGCAAAUGACCAUGGAACUAGUACUCUUUCCAAUAGUACGAUGGAGGAGGAUGGUAGUACAAGCAUCAUGAUUCAAGAUUUGAACCAUACUAUGAAUGGUACCAUGAGUGGAAGUAGUAGUAGUAGUACUAUUACUAUUAAUGGUAGCAGUAGUAGUACUAGUUCAACAAUGACUACUCCACUCAACACAAUUGAAAAUCAAAGUAACACAACCACCAAAACCAACAACACUCCAAAGAAAUCAUCCAUCAAUCCUACUUUCAAGAUUACUACAUCCUUUCAAGAACUUGUAGAUACUUAUCAUUUAACACCACUGGAAUGUCUCUUUUCAAUGAUUACUUCUCACAACUCACAUGCACUUCCACAUGACAAGUUAAUUGAAUUAUUUUCAUUCUCUCCUAAAUUAUGUGAUUUAUUACAUAUUGAUUCUAAAUUUAAUUAUGAAAAUGGAAAUGAUAAUCAUUGGAUUGCAUCGAAUGAACCCUAUGAAUUGAUACGACAAGGUAUUAUGGAAUGGAAAGAGAAAUAUCCUACCAUUACUGAUGAAGUUAUUAAUAACAAACAUAUUGGAACGAUACAAUUUACAUGUGUUGGUUCUGGUAGUAGUAGUAAUACUGUGUUAUUGAAACAUUCAGGUGGUCUUGUUGGAGGUGCUGUUCAAAAUGAUGCAAAGACAAAGUCGACAACAACUACGACAACAAUGACGACAACAACUUCAAAGAGUAGUAGUAACAACAACAACAACAACAACAAUAGCAAUCAUUCAAAAGAUCGUCAAAACAAAUCAUCCAAUGAAAAGGAGAAUAAUCAAAUUCAAGUGUUAGAAGAAACCAUUCGACCCUUUGAAGCUUGUGUACCCUAUCCAUUUGUACCUGGUAUUUACACGUUAUCAAGAUUAAGAUUUGCCAAUGACAAGAUUCGAUAUCAACGAGCCAAUACUCUCAAUCAAUAUACUCUUGGUGAAGAAUUUGAUCGAACUGUAUUGGAUAUUCCUCUAACAUCCAAACAAGUCAAGAUUGUAAAGAAGAAACAAUUACCACCACCACCUAAUCCUUUGAAGAAAAAGAAAUCAAUGCAACAACAAUCAAUGGCUACAACAACAUGUGAAUCACUGUCUGUUACCGAGAGUGAGGUGAAUAGAAGUGGAAUUUUACAAGCCUUGUUACAGAAAUCAAACAAGUUACCAGAGUCUAUUGCAGUGAAUAUGGAUACCAGCAAUGGUAGUGAAAACAGUCUGAAGAAACGAAAAUUGAAUCAACUUUCACCAUCCAACAAUCUGAAAGAAAACCAAAAACAGUCAAAUUAG